AUGGCUCCCACCACCGUUCCCAGCACUGACAAGGUCGCUAUCCCAGCCUACUCCAAGAUCCCGGGAGCUCGCUGCGUCGAGAUCAUCCAGAACAUCAACGAUCUCAGCAACUUGCGCAUCAAUCCUCCCCGCAGCAUCAACCACCCCAAGCAGUUCGAUCACCUGCAGACUCUCGUCCACGCCUUUGCCGCAUUCAAGGCAGAGCUUCUGGCCGAGUUUGACGAGCCCCUCAGAACUAUCGCUACUGUUCCUGUUGCGGAUCUCGCCACCUACAACGAGACCCUCAACACCGAGCCUGUGGACACCGACAGCGUCAACGCCGAGACCGCCAACGCCGCGACCGUCGACACUGAGACCGCCGCCAGUGAGAUUGCCACCAGCGAGUGCGCUGACAGUGAGUACAUCACCAGCGAGUACGCCGACAGCGAGAUCUACGACACCGAACCUUACAACGAAUUCUACGACACCGAAUUCACCGAAUUCGAGAGUCCUGACACUGAGUUCGCCGACGCCGACUUCACCGACGCCGAAACCAUGAGCGGUCGCCCCACGAUUCCCGGCCUCGCCACCAACGGCCUGCCCGUCCAGGGUGAAGGUGACGCCUCUGCCACGGCUUCACCCGCCCGCGGCAAGGCCAUGAAGGAAGCGCUGCUCGCGAAGCUGCGCCCGCCGCCGCUCGAGCACUCUUGGGAGUUCUGGCAUGACCGUCAGGGCCGCGAGUCGAAGCCCGCCUGGGCGCAGGCCGAGGAGCAAAAGCAGCAGCAGAGCAGCUCCGACCCCGAUUCCCCCACCGACAAGGUCAACGAGUCCAACGAGUACGAAUCGCGCCUCGUCAAGCUCAACGUCGUCCGCGACCUGCGCAUGUUCUGGGAGACCAUGAACCACUUCGACAUGUCACUGCUGCGCCUGCGCGACUCGGUGCACCUGUUCCACCUCGGCGUGAAGCCCGUGUGGGAGGACCCGCGCAACGUCAAGGGCGGCGCCUGGACCUUCCGCGUGCCCAAGGAGAAGGCGCCGCAGUUCUGGAAGGAGGUUGCCAUGAUGGCCGUGGCCGGCGAGCUGCAGAGCGCCGUCGACAACAGCGCCAAGCGCAACGCCUUCAUCGACGACAUCUGCGGCAUCAGCUACAGCGUUCGUUUCAACUCUCACCUCAUCUCCGUCUGGAACCGCGACGCCGGCAACCAGGAAGGCAUCGACCGCGUCCGCGACGCCGUCCUCAACGGCAUCUCUGAUGACCUCCAGAUCCGCGAGAACCAGGUCUACUACAAGCGUCACUCCGAGCACGCUGGCUUCCGCUUUCCCGAGGGCGUUGAGCCGUACAAGCAGUGA